CCUCGCAUCUGAUCCGUUCCAUACCCACUCACUUACAAGUGGCCCAUCCAUAUCGGACAUAUCAAAGGUUGCCAGAUACUACUAUAAAGUAAGCGGUUCUUACUUCGGCUUAUAUCUUGACAACCUACCUUGCUUUCCUACUACCCCCCAUUACACCAUAUACCUACCAUCGGCCAUUGAAAAGUCAGAUCUGCAUCAUCUUUCGGCACAUCAUCUGCUAGGUAUUGCAUCGCGCCUCUCCCGAAGCUGACUGGGCGGAGCCGCUCUUUACAUACCCUGUUCGCUUAUUCUACUAUACCCUGGUUAUCGUACUGCUUGGUAUAGGUAGUCCAAAAGAAUCGGAUCUGGUGACGCUGAACCCGGCUUCCUCCCGCCUUCAGCUGUCAAAUACCGACAGGAAAUUUUACGCAGGAGACAAGAGAAGGAAACAUGUCCAUCUUCUCGCGCUUGAGGAAGAGCCGCCAGCAGGCUAAGGAGCACAAUGCCAAGCUUGCUGAGCAGGAGAAGAAGGAGGAGGGGGUAAAGACUCCCUACAAGCAUGUUCCCAAACACGCCGCCGCCGAUGCCAUUGCCAGUGCGCCGCCCAGCUGGAGAGAGGAUGAUCGCCACAAGAUCCAGGAGCAGAACCGCCGAAGGAGUGCCAUGGCUGCGUCUGGCCACAGCAUGAACAUGCCCGGCGUGCCCCCCCGUGUUGGCAGCAGCUUGUCCCACGUCUCGUAUCCUGCAGACAAGAAUGCCACCCCCAUGGUGCGCCUGCCCCGAGCAUACAGCUACACGGGCGUCUCGCCUUAUACAUCAAACCACAGCCGCCACACCGUGAGCUCAAUGCCUGAUGUCGGUUCGCAGUUUGCGGCCUAUGCUGCCUCGACCAAGGGAAAGGAGGUCGUUAGAGGGUCUGGCUAUGAUACUUCCAGAACCAGCCCAACAUCCUCACAAGAAGAAUCAGAGAGCUCCAGCGGCUCUACGAGUUCUCAAGAUGACCUCGAGAUGCGGCUGAAUCGCCCUCCCGUCGUGCGACCUCCUACUGGUGCCGAGAUGGCAGCCCGUCGACCGCGUCCAGGCAGCCGGCGCACAUCAGAUUCGGCAAUUGGCCGAAUUGCCAUGGCAAACUCGACCAAGGCGGCUGCCCGGGAUUCUCGCCCUCCUCCGUCUAUGAGGAACUUUGGCUCAAUUGCACCUAUUGUCCACGCACCUGCUCCCAUCCUGAGAGUCACGUCUCAUCCGCAAGGUGACUUUCUAAACCCACACCAUCGGCAGAAGUCAGAAACAUCUUUUCCCAGCUCCCUCAACACCAGCCUCAACACCUCUGCAGCCACCCUCGUCUCUGCAUCCGCCCUACCGUCGAUUGACGGCAGCCCUUCCCUAGAACAGCAGGAGUUGAAGGAGCAGAAGGUAGCCAACUCUGGAAAGCUUUCUAAAGAGCAAAAAGCAGCCAAAGUGGUUCGACUCGCAGAAGGGGGGCGAAUUCAGUCUGGCACUAAAAAACUGGUGACUGAGAAGCCUGCGGAGAAGCCUGCAGAGGAGGCCCAACCCCAGCCUGUUGGCGAACCUGCCUCUACCCUUGCUAUCGUCUCUACUCUUACUCCUGCUCCUGCUCGCGAGUCUGCUCCCAACGUCAAGCAGCAGCAGUCUAUUGUUAUCAACGUCUUCCCAGAAGCGGACUCGAUCCCUGAUCCCGAGCCUACAAAGAAGUCUAGCAGAUUUACCAAGGGCGGGAACAAGAUGGCUAAGAAAUCUCGCUGGGCCAAGUCAAAANUUUUUUUUUUUUUUUUUUUUUUUUUUUUUUUUUUGUCUUUCUUUUCGUCCAAAAUUCAACAAUAUUUGUCAUUUGUUUUGUUGUUUUCGUUAUUGUUAUACUACUUGGCUCUUGCAUUGCGUCUGGAUAUGGCACACCCUCACUACGAAUGUUUUACUACUUACACACUCUCGGGCCACCACCAGUGUUUGGAUAUCAAAAGAGGGAAUGUAUUGCACGUGGAUUUUAUCAUUAUUUUUUUAACCUGCUUAACCCUUUUCCUUGUUGCUGCUCUUAAUAUGUUUGUAGCGAGAGUUUACAGCAGUAUUUGAGAUAUAGGAGAGUACGCAUUGCAAGCUUCAACAUGGCGAGGAAUGUCUGGUGACACAAAGGAAGGAGGAUCAUUCGUUACGAUGGAAUGAAAAAUUGGAUUUCUUUUUUGUCUUCUUUUUCUUUUUUGCGAUGAAAUAGAGAGGAUGGAGGUACAACAUCCAUAAACUGAUAUACACGGCACUGGGUCGCUUUGGUUGUGUUUCAUUUCAUUGUUUCAUUUGUAUUGGACAUGUCUGUUGACUCAAUUGGCGCUUUUUGAUACACUGGGUGCGGAGAAUUGGAGACUUUGCUUCCCCUUUUUCUUAUUUAUUUCGAAUAUUUUUGUCAUUUAUCCUCAUUCGUUAGACGUAACAUUUAUUUUAACAGUCACUACCAGCCUGUCAUUAUCUACUAAUAAGUCGAAUGC